AUCAGAGUGAUCUCAGCCAGAAAUAUCCGGGGAGUAAAGGGCGAACACGUCAACAGCUUUGUUCGGGUCCAGUUUGCUGAUUUCGAUUACAAAGAUUCUCAAGUGGUUAUUGACAAUCCUCAUCCAGAAUAUUCUUUCUUGAUCGAACAAAAGUUCCAUAUUGACGAGAGCUUCAUCGACACGAUCGGCAACAAGAAGCUCGUCGUGACAGUAAUUGAGUCGCUUCCCAAGGAGAAAACCGCCAUUCUCGGCGUGACCGAAAUGUCGUUCAUGGGCAAACUCCUCAAUUUCAUUUCACGCGACCCAAGUGUGGAAACCGUGUCUCCAGAGCCACCCCCAUUAUCGGUCUCCGAGACGCUCUCCGUCAGCUAUGCUAAUCCCAAACUUCUUCCGGUCCCAAAGUCGCCGGAAGAGGACAUUUCUCCUCGUAUCGAAGUCGAAAUCACCUUUGACGACCAUUUGAUUCGGCCCGACAUUCAAGAUACGUCCAACUGCAUUUGCUUAAAAAUCGAAGACAUGCUGCCCGUCCCGGACGAGUGGAACGUCAAAGAAGGAUCGGAGAAAGAUCUAAACUCCAGUGAUCUAACCAACCUGCUGUGCAAUACACGGGGGCUCAAAGACAUUUUUCAGUACUCUCUCAACUUUGUCGUCCCGGCAGAAAGCUCUCCAGAGCGUCUCAUCAACGUAGGCGGAGGCACAUUGACCGUUUCGGAUGCAAGCUCCACAGCGGAGGCAAACGCGAUCCAGCCGCAGCCAAUUUACAUUCCUAAGCCCAAAAACUCGGCCAGUAGUCUUGGCCACAAUGGAGCAACCCUCUCGGAGCUUCCACCAGCAGAAAAGGUUGAAAAGACCGGGGCAGAUCCAUCCAACAUCAACACGAAAAAAGUGCUUUGGCAUACAAGUCACUAUAUCUGGCUUCCACCGACCGCGGUCGUCCGUCUCCGCGAGUGGGCACUGGCAAAGCGUCCGAUCGAGAUCGAGUUUGUUCGAGAGCUUCAACCCAAAUUUGCUCAUUUGACAGACCCGUACGUGAACAAAUACCGGGGCAAAGUAGUCGUUGACAGCAGUGCCCUUAUAUAUGCAGCAAGCUAUGCAGGAAUCAAAUUAACAAUCAAUGUUUAUACAUUAGGCGGAAACAUAUAUAAAUCACUGGGGACAUCAAUUUACUUGGAACUCUUGCUCGAAAAGCCAUUGCUAAACAAGAAAAAGCUCCAGCCGAUUACAAAGUCUGUAAGCGAUUUCAUACCAAGGCGCAUAAUUCCAUCCCAUAUGCUCUAUCAGCGACGAUCUGUCAAGGCCAACCAGGAGUAUCGGGAGCAGAUCCAAGAUAUUGUGCGAAUUUUGGUUCAGGAGUACCAAAGGGAGUUUGCCAAGGAUGGCGAAUUUGCGGCUGCAGUGACGGCUGACGAUACACAGCAGGUAAUCCGCCAUUUCUCUCAAUUCCAGCGCCGCCGCAAGUUCAUGUUUCAUCUGAACAGAAGUGGCGUGUAUUUUAGUUUCAAGGAGCGCCUCAAAGCAGCCGUCGUUGAGGUGGUUCGCGAGCAAUUCCAAAAGAAAUCGCCAUUCUCCACAAAGGCGGAGCUUCAGUGUUUCUUGAGCGAGAUAUACGUCUAUUUAAACGACCAAAUGCACAUUUCAACAGCCCAAAUGUUUAAGAACAGGGUUGCACUUGCAGAAGAUCCAACCAUCAGCCGCACUGCCGACUUCAAUUCUCUCAAAUCGUUUGCCGAUCGCGAAGAAACCGAAAGAAACCUCCAUGUCGCAGCCCUCUAUCAUCAAGAGCGUGUCUCUAAAUACGAAGAGAGUAUGCAAGCAUGGUUUGAUUACGGCUGCUUUUGUGUCCGUACUGGCCUGCCCUCAAAAGGCGAGGAGUGCUUCAAAGAAAUCCUUCAGAGAAAUCAAAAACACAUUCCAAGUCUACUAGGCUAUGGAUCUCUCUGUUGCGUGAACGAGCGCUACGAAGAAGCACGGGUGUUUUUCAACCGCGUUACGGAAAUUCAGCCCAAAUAUGUGCUGGGAUUAACAGCGAUGGGCCUCUUCUAUGACAUCAUAGGAGAGGAACUCGAGUCAGAGAAGUAUCUGGCCGAUGCCGAAAAGCUGCACAGCGAAUCAAGCUCAAGCAACGAUAUAUCGAUAUUUAUGCUGUCGGCCGAGUUUUUGGUCCAAUGUCAUGCCGGUCAGCUGGUCGAGAGAGCACUAUCACAGGAGAUGCUGAAAAACGGUCCGCAGGUUCGACCUUAUCUGCUUCUGAGUCAGCUCGAAGUUCAGCGCAGCAACUUCAAGGUGGCCGAAAAGCAUGUCCAGGACGCCAUAGAUGUGAAGCAAGAUAGCCCGGAUGCCUGGGCAGCACUUGUCAUAUCGCUUCCGAAGCCCCCGCACAACCUGGCCCUGAUCUACCUGCGUCUCGGCCAUUUGUACCUGCGUAAAGCUGGUUUUGUUCCGUCAGACAGCAUCAGAUGCCUUCUUGGCGAGAUAUCCGAGAGUCAGGAUGCUCUUGGAUUCAAAACACAGGACACGCACUCGGCCAAUUUGGCCAAGGCGAUAUAUAUCAAAUCAUGUGAGCUCGAGCCCACAAGUAACGGAUGGUUGGGAGUCGGCAAGGCGUGCUUAGCGCUGAGCGAGUAUGCAGAAGCCGAGGAUUCUCUCGCUGUAAGGAUUCCCGGCCUACCCCUCAUCACGACCACGAAAGCAUGCUCUACCAACGUGCUGAACAAUAGGGAUAGCGAAGUAUGGGCCUACAUCACCAUUCUUUGUCUUCAGACCAAUCGGGAGUUUGAAGCCAAUCAAGCAGUCGCACAGGCUCUUAGAAUAGGCAUACGCAACGCUGAGAUUCUCAAGCUCCUCGGGGUGGCGUUUCUUCGGGCCCAGAAAAAUGGAGCUGCAUCGGAGUGCUUCCGAAUGUGCCUCGAGCUGGACCCGUCGGACGAGCAGACACAGCGUCUCUUUGAGCAGGCCCUUGAUCCUCCAAUCAAAUCCGAUCUACUUGCACUCGAGCGGGAGGAUCUCGAAGAGUCGGCCAGCGACGAAUGCUCCGAUAGCAAUGACGUUCAAGAGCCGGUUUUUUGA